AUGGCUUCCGAGACUGCUGACAAGGCCACCCGGCCCCGCGUCUACUUUGACAUUUCCAUUGGCGGCAAGCCUGCCGGCCGCGUCGCCAUGGAGCUCUACUCGGACCUCGUGCCCAAGACGGCCGAAAACUUCCGCGCCCUCUGCACCGGCGAGAAGGGCCAGGGCAAGUCAGGCAAGCCGCUUCACUACAAGGGCUCCAUCUUCCACCGCGUCAUCAAGCAGUUCAUGAUCCAGGGCGGUGACUUCACCGAGGGCAAUGGCACCGGUGGCGAGUCCAUCUACGGCGCCAAGUUCGACGACGAGGCCUUCCCCAAGAAGCACGAUCGUCCUUUCCUUCUGUCCAUGGCCAACUCUGGUCCCAACACAAACGGUUCGCAGUUCUUCAUCACGACCGUCCCCACCCCCCACCUCGACAGCAAGCACGUCGUCUUUGGCGAGGUCCUGAGCGGCAAGUCCCUCGUGCGCCAGAUUGAGAACCUGCGCACCACGUCCGGCGACAAGCCCGACAAGGAGGCCCUCAUCGCCGACUGCGGCGAGCUCACGGGUGACGAGGCCCUCGCCGCCGACGUCAAGAAGCCCGACGUCACCGGCGACCCCUACGAGGACUUCCCCGACGACUUCCCCGCCGAGCAGCAGCCGCUGCCCGCCGCCAAGAUCCUCGAGGUCGCCGCCGCCUGCAAGGACUUUGGCAACAAGGCCUUCAAGGCGGGUGACCUGCAGCUCGGCCUGGACAAGUACGAAAAGGGCCUGCGGUACCUCAACGAGGACCCGGACCUCGACGACGAGCCCGCCGCCACCAAGCCCGCCCUCGACGCCCUCCGCUUCUCGCUCAACAACAACAGCGCCCUGCUCAGCAUGAAGCUCGAGAGCUGGGCCGAGUGCGCGCGCAGCGCCACGGCGGCGCUCGCCGCGGCCGCCGGCGCCAAGGAGGCGGAUCGCGCCAAGGCCCUCUACCGCCGCGGCGUCGCCAACGUACGCCUCAAGGACGAGGAGGCGGCCAUCAAGGACCUCGAGGAGGCGCAGAAGCUGGCGCCCAACGACGCUCUGAUUGCCAGCGAGCUCAAGUCUGUCAAGAACAAGGCGGCGGCGCGCGCUACCAAGGAAAAGGCGGCGUAUAAGAAGUUUUUCCAAUAG